CUUCAGUUUUCAGAUCAAGCACACAUGGAAGCUAGAAAUCAAACACCUGUCUUGGAAUUCCUUCUCCUGGGACUCACAGAGGACCCCGGGCUUCAGCCCCUUGUUUUCAGCCUGUUCCUGUCUGUGUACCUGGUCACCAUCCUGGGAAACCUGCUCAUCAUCCUGGCCGUCAGCUCUGACUGCCACCUCCACACCCCCAUGUACUUCUUCCUCUUCAGCCUGUCCCUUACAGACAUCGGUUUAAGCACAAGCACAGUCCCAAAGAUGCUGGUGAACAUUCACGCGGAAGACCAGAGAAUCUCUUACCCAGGCUGCAUCACCCAGCUCUGUUCAGUCCUGGUUUUCAGUGGACUGGAGACUUGUCUCCUUUCAGCAAUGGCCUAUGACCGCUACGUGGCCAUCUGCCAUCCCCUCAGGUACGCACUCAUCAUGAGCACCCGUGUGUGUGUUUCACUGACUCUCUUCUCCUUGGCUGUUAGCAUCCUGAAUGGACUGAUUCACAGUAUGUUGGUGCUGAGGCUGUCUUUCUGCACAGAGAUAAGAAUCCCCCAGUUCUUUUGUGAACUUGCCCAGAUCCUCAGGAUCACUUGUUCUGAUACCCUGAUUCACAACAUAGUAAUAUAUGUUUCAACUUGCAUCUUUGCUGGUGUUCCUGUGCUUGGAAUCUUGUUUUCUUACAUUCACAUUGUGUCAUCGAUCCUGAGGAUGCCAUCAUCAGGAAGAAUGCAUAAGGGCUUUUCCACCUGUGGCUCUCACUUUUCCGUUGUCACGCUGUUGUAUGGGACAGGUUUGGGGGUGUACAUUAGCUCUGCAGUGACUGAUUCACCCAGAAAGACUACAGUGGCUUCAGUGAUGUAUUGUGUGGUCCCUCAAAUGCUGAACCCCUUCAUCUACAGUCUGAGGAACAGGGAUAUGAAGGAAGCCUUGAGAAAACUCCUUUGCAGAACAGCAUCUCUCCUUUGA